UACCCUUGCUCUCUUGUUGCAACUUGUGGCUGCUGGGGGAGCAUUCGCAAAACUUUGCGGCCGGCAGUUUGCUGUUUGGGCUGGUGUAGCCGUCGCUGUUGUUGUGUGUGUGUGUCCCGUCGAAAGCCAUGUGCAUUUCGUGAGGUGUGCUGGAUCGUGUUCUACGUUCGGCCCGUUUCCUGUCGGUAGGGAGAGGAUCGUCCAUAGUCGAAGGUGAUCACCAUGUACCCUACACCACCAAACGGAAUCCUUCGUUGAGAACCCUUUACAACAGCGUCGAUGUCUUCCCAAGAAUGACGUUGUUGCUUAGAGACCGGACACAAUUUUACAAUGUCUGAUUGUGAGACGUGAGGCAGAGAGGAAAAUGGAUGAGUCACUUAUAGGCUCUGAUGGCUUCGUUGAGCGACACUUGAGUUAGUGACGAGUGACCACCCGGGCAUUCGAUGGGCAAGCUGCCGGUGCCAUGAAAUUAACCGACAUGGACAAUGGCCAAGUCUGGCAGCAACUCAUCUCGAGGAGCUCUCACAGCCCGAGGGGUGAAAAUGACUCUGACUACGACACACCGCCUCAAAGCGCCCAGGGCAUGGGGGGGAAGCGUCCACCUCUCACCAAGCAUCUGUCGCUCAACGGGUUUCCAAAGUGCGGCGAAGGGGAAGGAGGGGAUUCUCCGGCAGUUCGCUACCAGAAGGCCAAGAUCAUACCCAGUAGGGUACGCAAACGGGUGAUUUUCAAGAAUGGAUCAGUGAACCUCUCAAAAGAACACGUCUACAAACGGUCACAGCGCUACCUGCAGGAUAUAUUCACGACCCUUGUGGACAUUCAAUGGCGCUGGAACCUCAUGGUCUUCUCCAUGGGCUUCAUAUUGAGUUGGCUCGUGUUCGCCAUCAUAUGGUGGCUCAUCAUGUUUGCUCACGGGGACUUUGACCCCCACGAGGGCGAAGACUGGACUCCAUGUAUUGUGGAAGUGACGUCAUUCACGUCUGCCUUCCUUUUCUCCCUGGAGACGCAACACACGAUUGGUUAUGGGACACGUGCCAUCACACCCGAAUGCCCUGAGGCUGUGUUCAUCCUCUGCAUGCAGUCCAUCACUGGUGUAAUGAUCCAGUGCUUCAUGGCGGGGAUCGUGUUCGCUAAGCUGUCCAGACCAAAGAAGCGUUCGCAGACUCUGCUCUUCAGCCGUAAUGCCGUCAUCUGCCUUCGUGACGGUCGGCUCUGCUUGCUCUUCAGGGUUGGAGAUAUGAGAAAGUCGCACAUAAUAGGCACCAACAUUUCGGCACAGAUCAUCAGACGUAAGGUUACAGCAGAAGGCGAAGUGAUUCCUUACUACCACACCCAGCUGGACGUACGUUUUGAUGCUGGCACAGACAGCAUCCUUUUUAUCUGGCCGGCCACAAUCGUUCACGAAAUUAACGAGACUAGCCCCUUCUACCACAUGUCUGCCGAGGAUGUCCUCCGUGAAAAAUUCGAAAUUGUCGUCAUCCUUGAGGGCACUAUCGAAUCAACGGGACAAUCCAUCCAGGCACGAUCUUCUUAUCUUCCAUCUGAGUUGCUGUGGGGACACCGCUUCGAGCAGCUGGUUCGCUUUCAGAAGGAUUCGUCGGAGUACCUCGUUGACUACUCAAAGUUCAACAACACCUACGAAGUGGAGACCCCGCUUUGCAGUGCUAAGGACUUCUACGAGUACCAACGGCUCUUGAAAAGCGCACCCCGGAUGGUGAUUCCCAACAGUACGAACUUGCAAAUGGACGACAAGAACAACCAACAACAGUCGCCAGUGGGCGGACAGCAGACACCAGUCUUCGCCUACCCCUACAUGUUUCCAAGUGGAUCAGUGAGCAGAAGGGCCAUUAUAUCUGCUGUGUCCCCAUCACAAGAGUCCACGUCACCUAUGGUGUCGCCUUUUCAGUCACUACGGAUUUCAAAAGACAUAUGACACCUUGUCCAAGCCUUUUGGUAUAAGGCGUGCGACGCUCCACACAGUCGUCUCUGCUUAGCGUGACCUACACACUGUCUCUGGAGACCCUGCACAUUUUUGGCGCGCCUCAACCAUAAGCCUGCAAACAAGGAGCAAUAUGACAACAACAAUCUACCAUAACAGGAGAGAUACUCAAGCUACAGUAUCAGUCACAAUGCACAUACACAAUCUCUUCUUUUGGACAAUUCGCUCGAUAUCACGAGUGCUGGGCGAGAGGAAACGUCGUAAUAUUUUAGAAGUGAUACCACGUACCAAUAGUGCCUGCCAGUUCAUAGCCUGUGUAUAGUUUUAGUGUUUUUUUUAUCUUCCCGCAUUUCUUGCACCCAGGUGUUGCAGUGCUGAGCGAGAAAAAUAUGGUAAAACAGCAAGUGCAGCACCAGUUCUUAUAGUGGCUAUGGCUGUUAGCGAGCCAGUGGAGACCUGGGAUAAAGAGUAAAGUUUUUAUCUGUAUUUCCUGUGUAAAUAGUGAUGGCUGUCACAAUACGAUUUCCCGGUCGCAAUAUAUUUAUAGCUGCUUUCCUUGCUGAAGAAAUUCCUUGCGUACUAAGCAAGAUGGACAUAGCAAUAAGCGAUUGUUAUUUUUGUGAUUGUAAAUAAGUACUUUUAACAGAACGUCAUUUAUUGGUCUUCUAACAAAUGGCUACCAACAUAAUAGAGACCGCUGUGGCUUGCAUGCCUAACAUUCCAAUGCAGAACAAGAAUACACUAUCCUAACUAUGCUAAUACCUAGCUCAUAAUUCGUUCACUUGUAGGUGAACUUGCUCGCCUAGAGACUAAACAAGAGCAAUAAUAAGGACAAUAAAAAUGCCACCUUACAUCAAGAGAGCUUCGCCAUUUCUCUGUCAAAACACAGAGCUCUGUUCGAACAGCAGUCUGCCUCUUCAGCUGUCUGCAACAGUUGUGCGUAUUUUCCACGAUAAAAAAUGCUUUUUGUAAAUAAAUGGAAUGGAGAGCA